UGAUACACAGCGCACAUUCAUAACAACAAUGAUAUUCCCGUUAGAUUGCCAACGCUAACGGAUGCUUCGCAUUUGAAGGACUGGCGACAACCAUACUACAUCCUUUCCUGCAGAAUUUUGGAUAUAUCGUGAAUAAUUUCACCGCUUCAUCAUGGAAAACAGUGCACUUAUCUCUUUGCAAAGCAUCAGGUCUACCGACAACAACCGGAGAUGGUCUGAUCAUCACUACACAGGAUAGGCCUCUGGAAGGUUAUCCCCUUAUGCUGCUACCAAACAACUGACGGAAUUGUUUUAACAAAGCGGUCUCUUUUCAUUACAAAUGAUGUUUCUACGGAGCACUGAAGUCCAGCCAUUUGAGCUGCAGGUCAUCACCUGAAGCUUGAUCGGCUUGCAGAUGAAGAAAAUCUUCACGACGCUAUUUUCAGUUAGCACACCUUAGCUUGCUAACGUCAGAUCUCUCAGUAGCAGGACAGCUAACAAACAUUGCAUCCCAUUUGGACUUUUGCUGAUUUAUAUUUCAUGAGACAUUGUAUGGGAUACAACAGACUCCUCACUCCUAAAUUGGAUUAUUGACACAAUCCAACUGGAGUGAUUUUGUACAUCUUUGGCGGCUCGGACUAACGAGAUUUAUUCAGCUAGCUGCUGGAUAGCCCUGUUGGAGAUCUUGCCUCCUUGCAAACAUCAGUCGUAUGAAUGUGGGGGAAAAUGGAGACCCCGACAAUUGUGUACGACCUGGAUACCUCCGGGGGGCUGAUGGAGCAAAUCCAGAACUUGGUGUCGCCACCAAAGUCGGAAGACAGCGAGAAAAGGAGCCGAAAACUCGACAGAAGCACAAGGCGGACAGGUCGAGCCACCAACCAUGACACCUGUGACAGUUGCAGGGAAGGAGGGGACCUUCUGUGUUGCGACCACUGUCCUGCUGCCUUUCACUUACUAUGCUGUAAUCCUCCGUUAAGUAGGGAGAUGCUUCCUCCAGGAGACUGGAUGUGCCAUCGCUGUGCAGUGCGGAGGAAGAAGCGAGAACAGAAGAAAGAGCAGAUGAACGGUCUCCUGGAGAAACAGCAGCAGCAGCAGCAGCAGCAGCCUCCUGCAUCCAAGCGCUCACAGUCUCCAGCAGGGGCCGAGCUGGAGCUGGGACCUGCCUCCACCACUGGCACGGGCACCCUGCGCCUGGACCCCACGGUGAUGGUGGGAGGGGUGCCUGGUCUCCGCGUGGCCGUGGCCCAGGUGCGACUCCUGGAGCGGAGGCCGAGCAGCCGGCCGGUCACCCCCACCUCCAACGCCUCCUCCACGGACACCCCCACGCCGUCGGAGCAGAACGACAUGGAGGAGGACAUGCUGGACGUGGAGGAGGAAUCGGCGUCCGCGUCGGGGGGUGGGCAGGGAGGCUUUGAAGCGGAGGGAGCCUCCUCGACCACCACGUCCGCGCAGGCCAACCUCAAGAGGACCUUUGACCUCCUGGUAGCCGCGGCGACGCAGAGGAACCCCACGCAGUUCCAGCUGCCGGGAGAGCUGAACUGCACCACCCCGCUUCCAGGAACAAGCAAGCGGAGGAGAAGAGAGGAGAUGACGGGCAAGCAUGUGAAGAGGCCUCAGCACGAGCGGGACCACCACGGUCUCGUCCCCCUGCCAGUUAAAGUCUGCUACACCUGCAACAGGAGCUGCCGUCUGGCCCCUCUAAUCCAGUGUGAUUACUGCCCGCUCCUCUUCCACAUGGACUGUCUGGACCCUCCUCUGACGGCCAUGCCCACUGGCAGAUGGAUGUGUCCCAACCAUGUCGAACACCUCGUGUUGAGCCAGAGGAGUCUGACGCUGACCAAUCGCUGUAAGCUGUUUGACCAGUUCAGAGACCGCGUUUCCCAGCAUGCCAUCAAGCUGGACUUCCUGCAGCGGAUACAUCGCCUCGAGCCUCCCAGGAGGCGGGGCCUACGCACGCCCAGCAAGAGAGCGGUCAAGGUUCCUGAUGCCAUCAAGUCCCAGUACGAGUGUCCGCCCUCUCUGCUGCCCUCUGCUGUGGUGCGGGACGGAGAGCUGGUCUGUGCCAGCGUACCCGACGGCCCUCGCCACCUUCAUCACCCUCACCUCCACGCCCACCCCCACCAGCACUUAAGCAGCGACGCAGACCAGGAGGAGUGGCUGCAAGGCGUCAUCUCUCUGCAGUGCAGCAUCAUGAAGCACCUGUGCACACGCAGAUCCACCGCGCCCCAAUGGAGCUCCGCCCACCCGGCAGACGAGGACGUCAAGCCUGUUGUCACGGUAACCUCAUCAUCACCACCAUCAUCAUCGUCAUCAGAGGAGAUAAAGUCGAAGUCGCUUCGGCCUCUGUGUAAGACGGAGCCCUCGCCCGACCCCAAACCAUGCAGCACUACCAGCCCUGACCCAAAGGGGGCGUCAGUCGAGCGAGGAGCAGCAGCGCCGUGCAGCUCCUGCACUGAUAGGACGUGCAGAGAGUGUGUUACCACCAACGGCCUGGUGGUUGGGGAGAGGACCGACUCCCGGACGCCCUGCAGACAACAGCUGCACCCGCUGGACCCGAGUCCGAGUCCGAGUCUGGAGGAUAGCCGGCUGCACAAACGGACAGGUUCCGGUUCUGAUCUCGCAGGCCCAGACAACAAACCCCACCGCCCAACGCCGCACGAAACCACCACCACCACCACCACCACCACCCCUGAGCCUUCCUCCGCCUCCAGAGCUUCAGCCAGCCUCCCCAACCACACAGGCACUGCUGCUGCAAGCACGGUUAAAACGGAGGAAACGACCACAGUGUUAAUGCCCUCGCCAGAGGCGCUUUCGUCGUCGUCACAUUCGCUGUCGCAUCCUGCGGCUUCGCGUAAGAGCCUGUUGGGUGCGGUGUCUCCUCUGUCGAGACCGGGGCUGGAGGCGGAGGAUAGGCCAGCGCAGACGCCGGAGCUCGGAGGAGGAGGAGGAGGAGGAGGAGGAGGAGGAGGACGGUCGUGGGCGUCGCCCACCGCUGGCACCCGGGCCAUCACACCACCCGAGACAUCGCUGGGCACCUGCGCUUCAAAGCCGCCAUCAGAUGGCAAAGUGGGCUUUGACGCGGGGAUGCCCUGGAGCAGUGUACCGGAGGCGGGAACAGAUAGCGAUGAAGCGGAGCUCACCAACAGCCUGAAGGACAUCAUGCAGGGAGGAGACGAUAUUGAGCUGAGCACGUUGGACGAGCGGCUCGUUCGACUCCUAGCGUGGCAGAGGAUCCAGCAGCUGUUUGAGUCCAGCGACGCCCCCACGCCCACCCCCACCCCCACUCCGACGCCCACCAAGAACCCCUUCAUCCGCACCCCAUCACCGAGCCCCUCUCCCUCGUUAUCCAAUCAGAUUAGCAAAGCUGAAGCGUCGUGUCGGCAGGUGCAGGCCAGGGCUGUGCUCUAUCCUAUAUCAGAUAAGGGAUCCUCCAUCAACAUGUGCUUUAGGAGUCUGUACAUAGGAACAGGUGCUGAUAUGGACGUGUGCCUUACAAACUAUGGUCAUUGUAAUUACGUCUCUGGAAAGCACGCCUGUAUAUUCUACGAUGAGAACACCAAGCAAUAUGAGCUGCUGAACUACAGCGAGCAUGGGACCACGGUAGACAACGUGCUUUACUCCUGCGACUUCUCCGAGAAGACCCAGCCCUCCCCGGCCAGCAGCACGGUGGCACAAGUGCAGAGCAUCAUCCGCCGGAGUAAGAAGAGGAAAGCAGCCGCGGCGAGAGGAGGAGGAGGAGGCGGAGAACGGCAUCCGCUUGCGAUGGAGACCGAGGAUGCGGCCGAGGGGGGGGUGAUGAGGCACCAGGCGCCCGACUCCCCGUCCAGGGGGGUCUCCUGCAGCUGCAGGGACAGCGGCUCGUGUCUGAUCGGUGCGAGCGGAGCAGGCUGGGAGGGCACGGCUCUCCUCCACCACGGCAGCUGCAUCAAGCUGGGCUGCCAGCACUUCCUGUUCAGCAUCACCGAGUUCGCCGCACACUCAUCCGCACACGAGGACAUUGGAUCAACAGCAGCAGCAGUAGCAGCAGCAACAGCAACUGGACCUACCCUGGUCUGUAGUACCGCCAUCAGCCAUCAGGGCGCAGUGAUGGACAUCAAGCCGACUGCCUCGCACACGCAGCUCCAUCAAGUGCCCGUGCUGAUGCCCAGUGCGGUUCCCUAGCAACGGUGUGAGCGUGCUCAGAACAACCAGAGACUUGUACAGGCUAGGGUUUGUCUAACUUAAUGGUUCAUACAUUUUUGCAUGAUAAUGAAGUAAUUUCGUUGCCCAACUUUUGAAGGCAAGUUGCACAUUGAGUUAUUUGUGUUUUCUUUUUUUUAUUGUUGUUUAUCGAUGUAAAUGGGAAACGGUUGUCUGGAUUUACACUUUGAAAGGGAUCCUUUGGUCGUCCUUGAUACUCUGAGAACCGUGAACAGUUAAAAAAUAAGGUUUCCACUUGUUUUAAGGAGAGAAAAAAAAGAAAGUGCUCUAUUUUGUGCCAGUUAUGGUAGGUUUUUUAUAACACUUUUUUCAAGAAUUUUAUUUUGUCUUAUUUAUGUUUUCAUGUAUCGUAUUUGAAUGUGUUUAUUGAUCAUUUUUUGUUUCGCUACUUUGCACAAGUAGCACAGUGAUCAAUCCUGUACACAUGUUUAUAGCGACAAAAAUAUAUAUAGUAUAUGUACGUAUGUCUUUCUGUUCAGAAUUUCUGUGAAGAUUUAAAUGUCCCUACCCCAUCCAUAAGAAACAAAUCCAUUAUUUUCAAUACAAAAUAAGGGAAAAUCUGGGUUCCAGAUGUAUAUAGUUUUUGUUUGUCUGUUUGUUUUUUGUAUCUUGGCAGUGCUACAUUUG